CGCAAAUGUAAUUGCUAACAUCCUCUUGAGGUGUCCUGGCGCGGCAGACGAGCGACCACCGAACCAGCGACCAAACCCGGACAAAAAACCUUUGCCGUGCCGUGAACACCAUGUCUUCCAAAUGCCCAAAAUGCGAAAAGACGGUGUUUUUUGCGGAGAAAGUGUCCUCUUUAGGCAAGGACUGGCACAAGUUCUGUCUGAAAUGUGAGCGCUGCAGCAAGACUCUGAACGCUGGAGGCCACGCUGAGCAUGAGGGAAAGCCUUUCUGCCACAAACCAUGCUAUGCUGCACUCUUUGGGCCUAAAGGGGUGAACAUUGGCGGAGCCGGAUGCUACGUAUACGCCGCUCCCAGUGUGGAGGGCCCCGCGGCUGUUACCACGGAACCCAAAGCGGAGGAGAGAAAAGCUCCUGUGCGCGGACCGGUGAAGGCUGCCAGCUUCUCUGCCGUCACAGAGGGGCCCAACGUCUGCCCCCGCUGCAACAAGACAGUUUACUUUGCUGAGAAGGUGUCCUCUCUGGGGAAAAACUGGCACCAGCCAUGUCUGCGCUGCGAGAGAUGCAGUAAGACGCUGACGGCGGGUGGUCACGCCGAGCACGAGGGGCAGCCAUAUUGCCACAAACCAUGCUACGCUGCGCUGUUUGGACCAAAAGGUGUGAACACGGGAGGAGUGGGCAGCUACAUUUACGACAAUGCUUAACACGGAACACAGCACAUCACGGACACACAAUCAUUCUGUGGAGGCUAAAUAGCUUAUAUUUAAUAUGUCCUCACGACUGUCUUUAUUGCUUGAGCUGUCAUGUAUUAUUAGUGUGGAAUGUCUGACUGUAGGACAAAGAUCUUGUUCUAUUCGGAGAUCUGCCGAAUGUUUAAAUAAUUUUAUACAGUAAGACUUUGAUGGUAAGACACAACUAAAUCUGUCAAAUGCCAAAAAUCAUUAUGCCUUUAAAUGUUCUUUCUCAUCAACAUGUAGGUGGUCACAUCUCUCAGUUCCGAACACAGUUUGAACAUUUAAAUAGCCAAUCAAAUGUUUUUAAUUUAAAAGGUAAUAAAAUAAAAACAUUGAGGCAAUGUACUGAUGUUGCUAAUUAUGGGGCGCAACUAAGCUGGCACUACUAAGGAGCCACAAAUGUACAAAUAAAAAAACUUUUCCAAUAUCACAUAUGAAAUAAUUCUGCACUCACACAUCUGGCAAUUGUCUUUCAACUUCUAAAAAAAAGUGUAUAUAUGUUUCGUCUUCUAAAAAAAAGUAAUUAUGUAUGUGUAUAUACAUGUACAGUAUGUAUUAAUAAAUGAAUGUAUGUAUUAUGUGUGUGUGUGUUUGUACAGUAUGUAUAUAUAUAUAUAUAUAUAUAUACACAGUCGCA